AUGCCUGAGCCGUUAUCUUCCCUGUCGCCCGCCAAGCAGAACUCCAGAUCCUCCCCUGUUAAGCUCGAUUUUCCCCAGAAACCUCUUCCAGAAGCUCUUAAAUCUCCUAGCACCAUGUCCACCACUACUCUCGCGCAGUCCGCCCCAAUUGAUCCUACUAAUCUUUCGCUUCCUGCCAUGGACAUUCCUAUCUCCUCUCCUGCACCCUCUAGUCAGCCAUCCAGUCCGCGGAAGCCACUUUCGCCCAUUAAAUACCGCUUACAAGACGAAUCGAAAGUCGACAGCUCUCCCCCAGGCUCUCCCGCCGAGCCCACCUUCAGGUUCAAUGAAGGCCUGACGCGUGCGAUUGAUGCAAUGCAGAAAGACGCAGAAGCACAGAGUGGCAGUUUGGACGAAUCAAUAAUACACCACGCCCUCGACGAUGGCGUUGGAGUGUCUGCAGAAGACGAAACGCCUGCGAAGGACGAAUCUGAUACUAUGACCUUAACCUUGAGUAUGGAUGAGAAAACUAUCCACGAUGAUACAAUCGGCGACCUUAGCACCAUCUCUGCCAUUCCCACAGACAUGACCAGAUUCGCAAACCUGAGAGACACACCGUCCCAGACUCGGCAGGAGCCUUGGUCUCCUUCAAAACAACUCAGAACCUCCGUAAUCACGAGUGCCCCCGGCACUGCUCAACGCCCCCUGCGCCUGCUGUCUGCCUCUAGGCGGAGUAUAUCAUCGAACGAGGAAGACGACGCGACCCCCAGAAGAAACACCUAUUUCAACGACUCUCCUACAGAUCUCAUGAACUUCACGGGACAAACGAAUAUUUUGAUGCCCCCUCCCGGUUCUGUACAACGUCCCAUAAGAAGAAGUCCCUCCGGGAGAAAAGGCUUCCCGAUCAAAGUCAAUCCGAGCCCGGUACAUCGGUCGCAAGCUUCGGUGGAUCGCGAACGAGCUUCAGGCCGCUCGCCGCAAAAGCAGGACCAAGCUACAUUCGGAGACAAAGCUGUGCCAUCAACACCUGCUAGCCAGAGGCACAGCAUGUAUGGCGCAACGACCGGGCUGGGAAUGGAUCUGUUGGAUAUUGAUCUCGAACCAAUGGCUACUCCUCGUUCAAUCCCCACCAUCACGCCCCGGGAGCUAGAGACCCUUCGAUCCGAACUGCAGUCGCGAAUCUCUGGUCUCGAAGCGACUCUGUCGGGCAAGGAGGCUGAGGUCAUGGCCUUGAAACGUGCUGUCACUGACGCCGAAGUAAGAGUGGGAAAGACGAGCGAGGAACUCCGAAACGAGCGUGCCUCCCGAGAGGAGGUAGAACAUGCAAAGGAGGAGCUGGAGCGCCGAAGUCGAGAGAUGGAGGAAGUCCUUAGGGAGGUCAAACAGAACAUCUUUCUCGAGGAACGGGAAAAGGAAAAGCUGCGGAAACAGGUCGAAGAAGCGGAGCGAAAAGCGGAGGAACACGAAGUGCGGAUCCUCGAGCUUCAGGCUUCCCUUGACACCCUGCGAUCUGAACGCGUCAAAUGCACCCCUAGCCCCGAGAAGGCGAACGCUCCGGCAACUGCCGGGUUGAGCGCUGACAUUGAUUUUGCCGUCAAGGAUGCCACAGAAAAAGUGGCUCGCGAGUUGCAUGCGUUGUACAAGAGCAAACAUGAGAGAAAAGUGGCAGACCUCAAAGUCAGCUAUGAGAAACGAUGGAUCAAGCAAGUUGAACAGCUCCGAAUGGAGCUUAAAACAUCUCAAGAAGAAGUUCUGAAGCUGCAGACAGAGAAAGAAGCAACCAUGAGCGGCAUCGUUCCGGGACAAAGCGAGGCCAUUUCCAAGAUGGAGGGGCAGAUUGAAGAGCUUCGGCGGUGGAACGAAGAGACUAACGCGGAGAAGAAAAUGCUCGAGGCCGAGGCAGCAGGGCUUCGUGGGCAAGUUGAUUCACUUACCGCCGAGACCGAGUCACUACGAAAGGAAAUCGAACAAGAAAGGGUAGAAAAAGGUGACUUGGUCGCACAGGUGGAUCUAUUCCUGGCAAUGAGCGCUCAGCAAGAAGAGCAGCGCGUCUUGCAACAGCCACAACAGCCUGUGAGUCCACCUCGAAGUGAGGAUGGGAAUGGGAGACCAAAUUCAGCAUCCGCAUUAGCGAGUCCGAAUAGAUUCAAGACCAGCGGAAACAGUGGAGAGGCCAAGUCGGCAUUACCAGGACGGCCUCGACCCGUGAGUAUGCUGCAAAAGCCAACGGCUGGGAAAUACUCGGGUAUUCCAGCCCCUGGAUCCGGUCUCAAGGCACCUACGAGUAACAAAGGUACUGGAUACGGGGGCCGCAUCUUGGAGGGUAUUGCCCGAAUGGGCGCCGGUGGGAGAUAA